CCGCCUGGCUGCAGAGCCAGCACACUGAACUGAGCACAUUCACUCACUGCAAUCUGGCUCCCAGCGGCCGAGGAGCUGCACCUUUAAUACUACACCCGGCCUCCAAACACGCUUAUGUCGCUCAUCACCAAAGAACAGAAGUAACACGAGUGCUGGGAUGUCACUCAUGCUGCAGGAUCGACAUGUUCUCCAAAGGCACCAAGCGCAAGUUUUCCGACGACGGAGAUGAGAUGUCGGACGAAAGCCUGGCUGGUGCUCAGGUGUCAUCGUCCUAUAGUCUGCAGCGACAGUCACUCCUGGACAUGUCCCUCAUCAAGCUGCAGCUGUGCCACAUGUUGGUGGAGCCGAACCUUUGCCGUUCGGUCCUCAUUGCAAACACGGUGCGGCAGAUCCAGGAGGAGAUGACUCAUGACGGCACUUGGCAGGUGGUCACAGAGACCUUCUGUGGUGGCAGCCAAAGCCCAUCUGAACGCCUGGUGGCAACCGAGGUGCUCUGUCGGUCGCGGGAGCAGGAUGCUGAGCCAAAGCUCUUCUCGGUCCUCAGCUAUGAAGGAUGCCGCGAAGAAGAGGUGGUGACAGACGAAACCUUGUGUUCUGUCACAGUCAGUGACACGGCCUCUGAUGUUUGUCUCUCAGAGAGCGCUCGGCAUUGCUGGGAACGGGAUGAGCUUGUAGAAGUAGAAAGAGAUGAGGAGGCCUGCGAAAGCUCUAGGCUUGGCCCAGGAGAUGAUGAUGAUGACGAUGACGACGACAACGACGAUGAUGAUGAAGUAGAUGAUGAAGAGGAGAGUUCCAGGGAGGAUCCAAAGACCAUGGGGCAGGUUUUUGGGACCUUUGAGAUCAAGAACAGUGCCCCAGGUCCGGACUCCGCUCUUGAAGAGCUGUUCUCAGAUGUAGAUGCCUCUUACUAUGACCUUGAUACCAUGCUCACAGGUAUUCAGAGCGCUCCUAAGAUGGGUCCCUAUGACCUGCUGGACAGUUUGGCCCCUUCUCAUGGGCCCCCUUCCAUAGGCUCACCCUCAAACUGUCGCUCUGAUCUCAAUGAACUGGACCACAUCAUGGAGAUCAUUGUCGGUUCUUAGACAAGAACCUGUCCAGAGACUUGUAUACUUCUCUUAAAUGUUACCUGCUUUUCUGCCCCUUAUGGAAAGCAAGUUAAAUCUGCGGUCCUUUCAGGGAAAGGAGUCUGUGUCUUGUAAAGGAUGGCCUUGAUUUUAUGAGCUGACCAUAGUUAUCUUAUUUGCAUACCCUUUGUAUGUUUUUUAAUGUUUUCUUUCUGUAUUUGUCUGUCCAGACAUGCUUUUAUAUUUAUUUCUUACAUUCAUUAACACUACAUCAUUGGAGAGCAGAACAAGGUGUAUACAAAAGUGUAAAAGAUAUUUUCAUAAAACAAUGAAAUUGUCUAAAAUAUGUAUAAAUAUAUAUAUAUAUAUAUAUUUUACUAUAGAUACUGCUUGUUAACUGUUACUGUACACUCUAUCAGUUUUGAUCUUUUGUUUUUAAAUUGACAGAUCAGAUAUCAGCGUCUUAUGUUUCUUAGUGGUCUUCCACUUACUGGAAUGGAUGAAGGUGAAGAACUUUUAUUCAUUUCAGGAUUCAGAAAUGGCAGUAAGGAUACCGUGAUGCAUGACUUUUAUUUCUGUUGUACUUUUAGGUGCAUUUUGGCACCCAGCGGUUUUUUUUCCCUCAGUAUUUUGGCAAUAGACUGUCGGUCAGCUCAACUGCAGGUUUUGUUUUGCUAUUAGAAGUCAAAGUAUUCGUAUAUUUGUCUUAUCAGCAAAUGAAGAAUGAUGGGGGCCAGCCCAUUCUAUAUUAUGACUUUAUAAUUUAUUUUAUUUAUUUGCUGCAAAUUUACAUGUUGAGUGUUGGCUUUGGUCAAACUCAGGGCAGGAGAGGCUUUUCAACUAUCAGACUCCAUGGGCCUGAUUUACCCAAACCUUUAGCACCUGCUAAAUUUUAACAGUUGGAAAACCAGUAACAUGACUUGUGAUUGCUACGUUUAUCUGGGAUGCACUUGUCAUUAGUUUAAUUUUUGGUUAAUCUUUGACACGUAUAAAGGCUUUAAUAAACCUGGUUUUGAGUCAUUUGGGCUGCAUUAAGACAGGCAAAUAAUCGUUUUCGCAUUUAUUUGAUGCACAUCUGAUCUUUAGAGGUCAUAAAAUAAUGGCAUGAAAUCUCAUCCAGUUUAGACCACUUUUUUAUACAAACUCAGAAGCAGGCAGUCGCAUUCCAGUAGUCUGUCUGUCUGACGUGCAUCUAAUCGGGUAAAGGAUAAAACUAAUCUGAUGUGCGAGGUGCAGCCUGCUGUCAUAACGUAGCCUUUUAGGCCCCUCAUGAUGAACUACACUGUUUCUCUGAUCCUAUGCAUUGAGUGUAGCAAUACACUUACUAUGCACAAAGUGAGCACACUUUUACAGUACAGUAUUUAAAUUGUAUUUUUAAUUGCGUCGUAAAGAGGACUAGGGUGAACAGUUGUCUUCCUGUUACAGAAAUUAUUUGGUCAUGUCUGAAAGGAAAUCUUGCAUUCAGAACUGUUUUCGUGUGGGCAGUACAUUCAUUUGAGGGGAAGUCAUUGCCCUCUACCUUACAUCACAGUUUCAUUUUUAAGUAUGAUCUAAAUCUAGAGUAGAGUAUAAACAUUUUAUAUGUGCAUUGUAGCAUUUUUAUAACAUUUUUAAUAAAAGGUACAACUUAAUGUA